GUAGCGAACUUUAAUUACUUGCUAUAACUAUCCAUCAAUCCACUAAACUGAGCAUAGCUAGCUACCAGAGGCUACCACUAGACGCGUCUUUCCAGCCUGGAUCGCCACAUUUUAUUCCUUUCUCCCUUCUCUCUGUUUCUCUGGCUUUCACAUCUUCUGCUCUCAUCUCUUCAUUGCAGCUACGCUCCCAUUGUCCGCUUACAAUGACGCCACACUCACGAUUUCAUCUACUGCUUCUACUCCCCCUUCUCUUCUCCACCAGGAACGGCUGCGCCGCCUCCUCCCCCACAACCAAAUGUUCGUCUCAGGCGACCUUCCCCCGAGAGCUACCAGCAUUUAGAGAAGCCCCAGCCUUCAGAAACGGCAUUCAAUGUCCAAAGGUGGUCUGGCCAUCUUUAGAUAGACGAUCUCAUCACAUUCACAAGCCAUCGAUCAUCCACAUCGCCAUGACCCUCGACACCACUUACCUCAGAGGCUCCGUCGCCGGAAUCCUCUCAGUCCUUCAACAUGCUUCCUGCCCAGAAAACAUCGUCUUCCACUUCCUCGUCUCCCACCGUAGAGCAGAGCUCCGCCGCACCAUCUUCACCACAUUCCCUUACCUAACCUUUCAUCUCUACUCCUUUGACACCAACCUCGUUAAAGGCAAGAUCUCGUCUUCGAUUCGUCGAGCACUCGAUCAACCCCUAAACUACGCUAGAAUCUACUUAGCCGAUCUCCUUCCCUUCAGUGUACAUCGAAUCAUCUACUUCGAUUCCGAUCUGAUCGUCGUCGACGACGUCGCUAAGCUUUGGGGAAUCGAUUUGGGUACUCACGUUUUGGGGGCACCGGAAUACUGCCACGCUAAUUUCACCAAUUACUUCACUGAAAACUUCUGGUCUAAUCCGCUUUUCUCGAGAGCCUUCCAUGGUCGUGAUCCUUGUUACUUCAACACAGGUGUGAUGGUUAUCGAUGUGUGGAGGUGGAGACAAGGGAGAUUCACAGAGAAGCUUGAAUCGUGGAUGACGAUACAGAAGAGGCAUAGAAUAUAUGAGCUUGGGUCAUUGCCUCCAUUCUUGCUUGUUUUCGCUGGAGAUGUUAAGGGAGUUGAGCACAGGUGGAAUCAACACGGGCUUGGAGGGGAUAACUUGGAAGGGUUAUGCAGGGAUCUUCAUCCUGGGCCGGUGAGUUUGCUGCAUUGGAGUGGGAAGGGAAAGCCAUGGCUGAGAAUAGAUUCACGGCGUCCAUGUCCAUUGGAUAACUUAUGGGUACCUUACGAUCUGUAUCGCCACUCCUCUCUGUUAUCGGAUAGCUAGCUAAAUCAGAGCUUUGAUGGUGAUUCAUAAAAUGUUAAUUGUUCUGUAAAUAAGAUAUGAGAUCGAGAUGGUCCGAGGACUGAGGAUGAAGAUCAGAUCAUGAGAGAGAAAAUAAUUGAGAUAGACGGAACAGGAAGGAAAGUGUGAUCUGGUUUGGUAAAGACGGUGGAAUUAUGGUCCUGAAAAAAGGGUUAAUGGUCAUGAACUCAUGAUUCUGUUGGGAAGGAUACUUAGUCCAAACAAGUCUUCAUUCUUUUAGUUCAGUAGGAUUUCAUUUUGGGUAAAACCUCACUUUUGGGGAUAAUUGGGAUUUUUUUGUGGAAAUUUGAAAAGGGUGGCUAGGAGGUGGGGGAGGCUGAUUUGAGGUUUUUAGUCAUGGACUCUAAAUUUUAAGGGUGUAUACUUGUCAAAUAUUAUUAUAAAGAGAAAGAUGCCUUCAUAUC